GCAGCAAGAAGAACUGCAUCAGGUAGACCCACAGGAACCGAUGGAUCUGACUCUCGUAUCGAAUGGUAGUGAAUCCCGUUAUACGAAAGUGGCUAUAGGGAAGCAGCGACUCCGUACUCUGGUCAUUUUGCUGACACUUGUGUAUAUGUCUUCACUCUUUCAUGCACUUCUACCAAUAUUGAAGGAGGAGAGCCCCAGUAUAUUUGCAAUUUCAUAUGCUGCUCUUGGCGCUAUUUCUUUGCUUAUAGGGGAAAUAGGUCGAAGAUGGAACCGGAUAAAUCUUUUGAUAAUUUGCUUGGUUGGCUCAUCCAUUGCCCAAGUUCUAUCGGUACUUAUUGCUGUCAGAAAUAACUCAAUACUACAGGUUAUCCAAAAGCGCAAUGACCGGGGAAUAGAUGAAAAGAUGGGACUUUUUGCUGCAGCAGCUGGUGUAAUAGGAUUAGUGUUACAGAUACUUAUAAUUGUCACUAUAACUUCUCUUGUCGGGAAUAUGUCUCCUCCAAAAAGAGCUUCUUAAUGGCUUCUUGUGGCAUGGCAAUUAGUCCCCCAAAGAUUGGGAAAGGGCCAUACGCCUAGCACAUUAGGUUAUUUCUCUUAAAUUGUUUUUGGAAGUACCAUUAUAUAUCUUUUGAAUUGCAAUAUAUCUGUUAGUGAGAUAAUUGUUUUACCUAUAUUUGUGGGAUUGUUUCAAUUAGCAUACUAAACUUUUAGGACAA